ACUCAGCGCAUCGCGGCGGACAGCGCGAGCUCAUCUCCACUAUCUCUUCUCUCAGAUCACAGGGCUUAAUAACCGAGAGCCAUGGGAGUCAAAGGGCUGAAGAGCUACAUUGAGAACGGUGGCGAUGUCUUGAAGCCACGAAGGUUCAGAAACAGCUUGCUGGUUAUAGAUGGAUCAAAUUUGUACUACAACCUUUACUUCAGGACUGGUUUGGAUCAAGCUCACGGUGGAGAGUACAGAGCUUUCGAAAAAGAGGUCAGCAAGUUUUUUAACAACCUGAAACUUUGCGAGAUUAAGCCCUACGUCGUGCUGGAUGGAGGCGACGACAUCAGCAAUAAAAAGUUUGAGACUCUGAAGAGUAGAGCUGAAGAUCGGAUCAAAAGGACCGACGCCUUGUCCAGAGGUCGUUCAGGAGAGUGCCUGCCGAUCCUCAUCAAGAACGUGUUCAAGCAGCUCCUCAGGAAACUCGACGUGCCGUUAAUUCAGUGCAUCGCCGAGGCCGACUGGGAGAUCGCCGCUUUGGCCAACGAGUGGGAGUGUUCGGUUUUGUCCAACGACAGCGAUUUCUACAUAUUCGACCUCAAGAAAGGAUUCUUACCCCUCUCCGAGUUUGAGUGGCGAAGAGUGAGAACGAUAAAGAAGACCGGCGAAAGAUUCAUCCAAACCAAAUGUUUUAAUGUGAGCAGGUUGUGCACUAAAAUGAACCACAUGAAGAAGAAUCUCCUCCCUAUUUUCGCCACCCUCUUGGGCAACGACUAUGCCAACCUGAAAAAGACAAUACUUCCAAACUGGACCAAGUUCGCACUUUGCCCUGGAGGAACCGGCCGAAUCGACGGCUUGCUCAGGUGGCUGUCUGGAUUUCGGAGCCCACAGGAUGCCAUUCGUGCACUUCUAAUCCAAAUUAAGGACCCGGAGGACUCAAUAACCGUUUCCCAAGCUCUUAAUCAGGGCCUAAAGGAGUACAAGCUCACUCCCAGCACCAUAGCCAAGUUCUUCAUGAGCGGUGAUCCACAGAGCAAGCUUCCGAAACCCUUACAGAACCUCCCGCAGUGGUUCCUAAAGGGCAUCGCGGAGGGUAAGCUCAACUCCAUCCUCCUCGACGUCCUGACGCUGCACAGGGUCACGCUCAACUGUUCCGUCCAGGACUUUAGACGUUCUAGCAGCAAUCUGACCUCCAGACCCAUUAGGCAGGUGUUUUACGGCAUAAUGCUGGCUCCAAAUCCGCAAAACGCCCGCCGAGCUCCAGCUCGACCGAGGUUUGAGGUGGAGGAGUACGACCGAGAAGGGCUCAGACUGGACAGCUCUACGGUUGUCGCCAAUCUGCCAAGCCAGAUCACCCCAGACCUUCACCUGGACACACUGUUGGAGGUGCCUCAUCAUGUUCGACUCCAGGUUUUCUUGGACGCUCUGCGUAUCUCACAGGCUCCUGACCACCUCCACAUCCCUCCUGGUCUACAGCUAGCCCUGUACGUCACAUGCUACUGGAUAAAACAUGCAGAACCAGAACCCAAACCAGAGUUCUUUGGGGCGUUGCUGGUCGGACUGGUCUACGGAGAGCUGUCCAGAGAUCCAGUUACAGAGAAAGUGGUGACUUCAGGGCUGAAGAGGCUGAAAAACUUUAAGAGCCAAAAAGAGAAGACCCGUCUGGACCUGGGCGUGGCUCACGCUUACAGCCAGUGGCAGUGCAUCAUGAGGGACAGUAUCUGCCUCAACCAGCUGCUGGACAACCCUGUUCCUGAACCCGAGUAUACCUGGUUGUACAGUGGAGUGUUUCUGUAUAGUGUGGUCCAGGAGCUCCGCAGAGGCAUCACCCCCGACUCCCUGCUGGCCGGAGCUCCAGACGCCGUCAAUCUCUACCACAACCUGAGGAACGCUGUGGAGCAGCAGCUCAGCGAGGAAGUCAUCCAGAGGCUGGGGGUCGUAGUGAAGCAGGUCCAGCCGAGCAAGAGACCGGUCCAUCACGACCCGAUGGACGACCUCGCCAAAGGGUAUGAACGUCUACUGCUUGAGGAAGAAGAGGAAGACGAAGAUCUACAGAUAAAAGGAAAAAAGGGCAAAGAUGGAAACCCUGGAGAUGAGAUUUACGACCAAACCUGCACGAGUCGCACAAGACACAGGAAACGAUCCGGCACGAAGGACCCGAAAUCCAAGAAAUACGAACGAGUCUGGGUGUAGGACAGGGGCUUCGUCUGGCCUGGGCUUCCGGGGCUUUAGCCCCGAAUGAUUUUCUAGCAGCCCCGAAUCGUCAUUAAUUAUUAAUUAUUUAUUAUAUGGAAAUUAUUCGUACAUUUACUUUCUCACAAAAAAUAAAAAAAAGAUGUACAUUUAUGAUGCAAGCUCUUUCCAGACAGAUUUCAUGACUAAAAAACAAAAUACAGCAUUGAUUGACUGAUUAUAUCCAUUUUUAAAUGAACUUUAUUCUCAUUAAUAAGCACUGUUAUAGGAAAAGAAAAAAAAGAAAAAAAAGCAGUUUAAAGUACAUCUGCAUGCAAAUUGUUCGGUAAAUAAUUUGUAUAUUUACUUUCUCACCCAAAAAAAGACGUAUAUUUAUGAUGCAAGCUGUUUCCAGACAGAUUUCAUGACUAAAAAACAAAAAUACACCAAAAUAAACAAUCGAACCAUUUUUUAAUCUUGAAGGAUUAAAAGCUGUAGACUGCUGCCCCCCAGUGGGCGGUAGCGGUAAUGUGAGUGAACUGUUGAGUAAAAAAAAUGGUAAAUUAAAAUGUUAAAAAUAAAAAUUAUCCCGAUUUUCACAAAAUGUGUAUUAUUUUUUUAUUUGGAGAUUUUAUUCUCAUAAAUAGCACUUUAAUUAUGCAGCACUGUUAUUAAUACAAAAAAAUUAUUAUGUUAAAUUAAGUUCUAAAGCUUUAAGUUCUGUUUUUUUUCCUUAGUAGGUGGAAUGUAUAUGGUAUUUAUCUAUUGUUUGCAUUAAAGUACAUGAAAUGCUUUAAAACAUUUAUUUAUGUUUAUUGUGUAUUUGAAUAUUUUUACUGAGGCAAAAAACUGAACUGUUGUUGCCCAAAAUUGUAAAAUUCUGAUUUCUGUUUUGCAAUGGUUUACGUUUUAAUUUCCUGUAAUUCCUGCUAUUUACAGUUUUAGGGUUUAAGUGUUUGUGUGUAAAAAACCCUCAGAUAUAAAAUUAAAAAUAGAAGAUUAGAAGUGUGAGCUGUAUUAUAGAGCAAUACUCAGGUGAUUUACACUCUACGUUUUUAAGUAUUUAAUACACACGCAGCAUUAAUCUGUAGCUCUGAUUUUAACGAAAAAUAUAUUACAUUUUGUAUAUUUUGGGGCUUCUCAUUUAAGGCACUUUAAGAACAUUAUUUUUAGGGUAUUUCUUUUUUUAAUUCUUUGUUUACUUUGUUUGCAUGAGAAAAUGUCGUAGGAAUGCAUGUAAUUUACUGUUCAAGCUAAAAAAAAUUACCAUGUUGUAUAGAAAUAUGUUUUGCAUAAUAAUUUUAUUUGUGUACUGGAAUUGUCUCCCUUUCUUUAAGUAUUUGCAUUAAUCUGUAGUUCUGAUUUUUAAUAAACUGUGUAUUAAAGUGGA